CAGACAUAAAGGAACAACAUUUGCGAAGGGACUUGGGAAACUUUACAAAGACUUUGUGUUAGGCGGAUCAUACGUGCGUUCACAAGUCGAUCGUUCACGAGUUAAUCUCCGCAAAUCUUCCGGGCGCCGAAUCGCCUGCGAAUCGGGCGUCAGUCAUGGGAGCCGCAGAGGGCAAGGCGAAGCCUAUAGUUUGAAGCCUACACGUGGGUUGCUUUUGAUGUAAUUACGCAGUUAAUGAAGCAAUCGAGGGUCUUUUCCAUGUACCAAGGUUAUCGUUGUGUAUGAUCGGACGUGCGUAGGCAGGACGUUACAUCUGUAUUGUGACUCGGGCACCAUACCAUGGGAGACUGAUAUCGGGCGGUAGGCUUAUUAUUAAUGUUCAAUAUAAAAGGAACUUUACAAAUACCUCCAGUUUAAGUCGUUUUCUUUCCCAAAAAUCUUUAGUUCUCUUGAAGCUGGAGAUCUAUAGAUCAUGGAGGAUGUUGUUAACCUCCUCAAAAGGAAUUAAACAAUGAUUAAACAAAACAACUCCAGAACCAAGAGUUUUAAAGCUUCUCUGAGUUUUGAUAUCUGUGCGAUACCAAAAAGUCACUUAAAAGCGAUUGAUAAAAGAAAAUGGUGGUGUUUCAAAUUCAAUCCACCAGCAACUUUUUCCAUCAAUACACAAUCAUGAUCGACUCAGUGACAUGCUCGUUAAAACUCUUACAGCCUCGACCAGACAAAGCCGACCAUGCACGAGACUCGUUACGGGCACUAGUAAAACCGUAUGGAUGCAAAUGUGCUGGUAGUUAGUACUCUGGUAUUUCGAUUCGACGCUUAAAUAAUUGAGGAGGCAUAUCAUAACUUUACAAAAUUGCACUCAAGCUCAGGAUGAAUACGCGAAUAGUGCAGAAAUGCGAGUGUUGGUGUCGGUACGGUCCAUCAUCAAUAUAGAUCAUUAUGAACUCAACUGAAUUGAUUCUGAUUGCGAUUUCAAACUGAAGUGAUGCAGUGAGUGUGGAAACAUCUUCCCAAACUUUGCAUUUUUUACGCAAGAAUGACGAUGAACGUGAAGUGUUUCCUUGUAGCGAAGAUCUCCAUUUUGUGCGUGUGUCUCGUCGUCCAUUUUUCCUUCGGUUCCUUAUUGCGUACAGCGGGAAAAGAAAGGACAGAAAUAAAGGAAGUUUCUCCUGGAGAGGUGGAAGAGAAACUGACGGGUUUUGUGGCUAUUGAGGACAGGAUUGGCAGAAGGCUUCAACAAACCGAAGAUGCCGAUGACAAGACCGACAUCAACUGCUCGAUGCCUGCAAUCGUUCGGUUCCCUCGGACCAUGUUCACCGAGAAACAAAGAGAAAACGGGGCCGUGAUUCUCAACUUCUUCAUCGCUGUUUACCUCUUUGGCGCCAUCGCUUAUGUGUGCAUCAACUACUUUGUCCCCUCACUGGAAAUCAUCUGUAAAAUGUUAGGUAUUCAAGAAGACGUUGCCGGGGCAACCUUCAUGGCCAUUGGUAGCUCGGCUCCUGAAUUCUUCUCGGCUGUUGUAGGUACCUUCAUAACUUACGAUAACACAGGUUUAGGCGGCAUAGUAGGCUCGUCGGCAUUCAAUGUUUUCGUCGUUUUAGCACUCUGUGCGUUAGUCGCUGGUGGGAAUGGAGGUUUACAGUUGUCAUGGUAUCCAGUCAUCAGGGAUACAAUCUGUUGGGUCAUCUCCAUGGUGAUUCUGAUAGCAGUGACGUAUGAUGCCAUGGUUCAGUGGUGGGAAGGCCUCAUCAUGACCCUUUGUUUUGCUGGCUACAUAACGAUCAUGUACUUCAACAAACCGAUCUCAGCUCUUGCCUUAAAAUGGAGGGCCGACACCAAGCUCUUCCCAUGCCCGGCGCCGCAAGUGGGCACACCAGGAGACACAGAAACAGAGAUGGAAGAGACGGCGAUGAUAGACGGACUGGGAAUGGAAGAAAUGGGCGAGGGUGGCGGGUCUCGGACAUCGUACGGGACAUCGACAAGUAAUUACGGGAUCAAUAAUCCAGAAAAUCCAUCAUCAGAUGAUUCCGACACCGAAAAGUCUGUUCCGUCAGUCUUUGAUCCGCCCACCUCCACUUCUCUCUACAUCACGUGGUUACUCGGUCUACCAAUCAUCGUCCUACUACAUUAUUCGGUCCCGGACUGUCGAAAGUCGGGCGUGUGGCGGCGCUGUUAUCCAAUAACGUUCGUGGCCUCGUGUGUGUGGCUGGCUGGACUGUCUUAUCUGCUCUACUGGAUGAUUGUGGUCAUAGGAUACACGCUAGGCGUACCGGAUACCGUGAUGGGAUACACUGUUCUGGCGAUAGGUACGAGCGUGCCAGAUGCAGUAGCGUCCGUUUUGGUCGCCAGAGAUGGCUUUGUUGACAUGGCUGUUGCGAACAUCAUCGGCAGUAACAUCUUUGAAACCUUCAUUUGUCUUGGCUUUGUGUGGUUUCUGAAGACUUUAUUUUCUAACCCUGUCGGUUCACCAAUAAUGAUCAACGCCGAGGGUCUAACGGUCACCUCCAUCUCUCUGAUGCUUGUUGUUUUGUUCAUUAUUGUCGCCGUUCACAACAACCGAUGGAAACUGGAUAUGAAAAUCGGCAUCAUCGCACUGCUCUUCUACAUCCUCUUCAUCGCCUGGGCAACUCUGAACGCUGAGGGUGCUUUUGGAGUGGCCCUUGACGGAACGGGUUCAAAUUCUGCGCAACCGCCGUGUCCACCAAAUGUAUUAAAUUUAUGAGAUUUUCUUUUAAAAAUUCACUCAUUAAUGUGAAAGUACUUCUUUACAUGAACUCUGCCGGAUGUACAGGUAUCUGUCUGGACCCCACCAUCAGUCGUUUCCUAAUUUUAGAAAAGUUGAUUAUUUUGUAUAGACUGAGUAUUAUGGCCGUGUGGCAGCGCGGUACGGCGUGGCCGCCACACCCAUAGGGAUCGAAACAACGAACAGAGACAGUCGCCUUCGCAGAACAAAACUAUUUAUAUGUAUCUUUAAUUAAAAACAACUCAAACAAUUUAACGACUUAUUCUGACACAGCUUCAUGGGCCCGAGCAACCCGACGGCACGUUGAGACACCACGUGCCCAGAGCCCAUCCCCCUUUAUAACACACUGAGUAGGCCCUAUCGCGUUAUAUAACAAAAGUAUUUUAAGGAUUGAGCGAACUCACUUAUGUGAAGCUCGUGGCAAAUUAACAAAGAACAAAACUUUGGGCCGGUGCAGGUAGCGCCAUAACAAUAGCUUUUCCUUUCGAAUUUCGUUUUUAUACAUAAUGUGUAUUAGUGUAUUUUGUCUACCGGUGCACAGGCUUAGUUUUAAUCGAUUUGCAUUAUUUGCAAAAAAUGUAUGCAAAUUAGACGAAUGUGCAACAGUGUUUGCAAAACCGGUCUUCGAAUGCAAAGCUGUAAUAUAUACUUGAGUUGUUUGUGUAUUCAACGCGUGUAUGCAACCAACAUUAUUUUUUUCUUUAAAUGUUAAGUCUAUAUAAUCAGUUCAUUAACUGGAAAUAAGUACAGGUUUAUUUUUAAGGAUAGUUCUAUCAUAAGACGGGAAUUUCCCAUGAUUUCCCGACCUUUUCUCAGUUUGUUUGCCAUUCCGGUAGUACUAUUCAGCGAAUUAUUUUGCUUCAGUUUGUGUUAUAUUAUUGUAUAUAGUGCAUCGCAUUACCAAAUAUUAUGAAGGACAAUUGUAUUUAUAAAUACAUGAAGUUUGUUUCCAUGAUAUUGUACAAUCGUUAAAUAAUUAUGUAUGCAGUAAAUUAUGUUCCAAUUUCUGAAAA